AUGUCAGACAUCAUCAAAAAGUCGCGUUGGGCAGUCGACGAUGAACAAGACGAAACCAACAAACAAGAAAAGAAGAGACACGAGAAAAAGCCCAAGAUAAAGAAACAAGCACCUAUACCGUCUGCUCCAAAACCCAUCAUCAACUUACAACCUAAACAACCAUCCCAUUAUCCUUAUUUACGUCAAUGUCGUCAUGUCGAUAGUUAUGAACGAUUGAAUCAUAUUGAAGAAGGAUCGUACGGUAUCGUGUUUCGUGCUCGAGACAAAGAAACAGAUGAAGUAGUCGCAUUAAAGAAACUCAAAUUAAUACCUGAAAAAGGUGGAUUUCCUGUCACUAGUUUAAGAGAGAUCCAUGCACUCAUGACUAUCAAGCAUCCUCAUAUUGUCAAUGUAAGGGAAAUAGUGAUGGGGAAUCAUAUGGAUCAAGUCUUUAUUGUCAUGGAUUUUAUUGAACACGAUUUAAAAGGAUUGAUGCAAGACAUGCGACAACCUUUCUUGUUAUCAGAAACCAAGACAUUAAUGCUUCAAUUACUCUCUGCUGUUGCCUUAAUGCAUGAUAACUGGUACAUUCACCGUGAUUUAAAGACAAGCAAUCUUUUGCUAAACAAUCGUGGUGAGAUCAAAGUAGCUGAUUUUGGUCUAGCAAGGAAAUAUGGUAGUCCAAUGGGCAAUAUGACACAAAUGGUAGUAACAUUAUGGUACAGAGCGCCUGAACUCUUAUUGGGUUCUAAAGAAUAUACCACGGCAAUCGAUAUGUGGUCUGUAGGCUGUAUUUUUGCAGAAUUGCUAUUGAAUGAAGCACUGUUGCCUGGCCGAAGUGAAAUCGACCAAUUGGAUAAAAUUUUCAAAUUGUUGGGUUCGCCUACAGAAGACAUUUGGCCUGGUUUCUCUCAACUGCCUCAUGCUAAAAACAUCUCUCCUUCUUAUCAACCGUAA